AUGUCAGACAAAGAUAAAACAAUAUCAUGGAUGUACGAAGGAGCCAAGGCUUCAGUCAAUCGAGAAGACUAUCUCCUUGGAAAGCGAGUGAGUUUACCUUUUCAGCUUUAUAUUUUAACAUUCGUAUUUUCGUUAGAUUGACAAGAACUUCGAAUUGUACACGGAUACGUUAACAAAAGAUAAAGAAUCGAAGGAGGAGAUAUUCAAAAAGAAACCGGUUGAUGUCGUUGCUCCGCUUCCAGCUCUUGUAGCAAGGACUGAAGAUCCCCUUGUUGCCAUAAAAGUAUGUUUUUGUAUCGUUUUUUAUUUUAGGUGUUAUUGCAAUAUCUCUAUUCUAAUUCUGUUAAUAUGCGUUGUUGCAUUUUAGAUUAGAGAAGAGACACGAAGACAAGAGUUGUUAAACAAUCCUGCUUUUAAAAUGAAAGCCAAGCAGAUCUUAUUGGAGGAGUUCCAAAAGAUGCAGAAGAAAAAGGACAAGAAGAGCAAGAAGAAACAUAAGAAGCACAAGAAGGAAUCUGAUCAUUCAGAUCCAGAAGACGAAAAAAAGCACAGAAGAAAACGAAAGACUAGUGAUUCAGAUUUAGAAGGUGAUUUUAAAAAGCACAAGAAGGAGAAGAACGAACUUAGCACUAGUAGAUCAGAUGGUAAUGAAAGGCACUCUAGAAGGAAACCGGAUUCAGAAGAUGUGUGUAGAAUGAAGGAACGAGAGAAACAUAUGAAGAAAAGCGAAGAGAGGAGGAGGGAUGCUGAGGACAGAAGGAAAUACAGACGACGAUCUCGGUCAAAUGAUUCAGAUGUUAGGCAUAGGAACCGAGAUAAUGAUGGCGAAAGGACGGGUGAUAAACGUAGACGAAGCAAUGAAGACGAUUAUCGUAGAGAUCGUGUCCGAAGACAGAGGUCACUGGAAAGUUCCAAGAGGACUGAUAAUACGGUAGGUGUUAGUAAAUUAUCUUUAUAUGUUUUUUUAUUUUACUAGUUUUGGAUGGAUAAGCCAACACUAUUUUAUUAUCUAAAUUUUGUCGUCUGUUCAGGGGGAUCGAAAGUCGAAGGCCGAAGAAAUGGAGCGAAGACGACAAGAAAUGAUGGAGAAUGCAAAAUGGAAGGACAAUGUGAAGAAAGACAAUGCUGAGUUUGCCAAAGCUGAAUUGCAACGUGAACAAGAUGCCCAAGAGCAACAAAAGAGUUCCAAUGCUACGUUUAUCAAGUAAGUUCGUUUAUAUUAUACUAUGUUUACGUUUUGUUUAUUAAUGUUUUUUACGAAGGGUAACAUUUUUUAUGUCUAGUAUUAUGUUGGUUUGUAAUAUUUUCAUAGAAAUAGGUAAAUAACAUAUUAUAAUAGAUAAAAAUGAAAACAUUUUCAGAGCGUUUAAACAGAUGCAUGAGAGCAAGUCUGUAGCCGACAGUCUUCACAGUCACUCCAGACGCCAGUAUCGUGACGAUGAUUAUUAA